CCUGUAUAAAAUUCUCUGCUGUUGAAGAUCACAUCAAAGGAUGGUUUGACACAAUGAAGGCGCUCACUGCAGCACUGCUUUUGGCCACACUGCAGUGUUCGUGGGCUUUGACUCCCACCGACUGCAAUGCUACCAAGCCCUUGGCUGAGAAAGCUCUAGACCUGAUCAAUAAAUGGCGACGGGAUGGCUACCUUUUCCAGUUGCUGCGAGUCGCUGAUGCCCACUUGGACGGAGCGGAAUCUGCCACUGUCUACUAUUUAGUCUUAGAUGUGAAAGAGACUGACUGUUCAGUGCUAACCAGGAAACACUGGGAAGACUGUGACCCAGAUCUUACUAAACGUCCAUCGGUUGACGUGAUUGGGCAAUGUAAGGUGAUAGCUACCAUAUAUUCGGAUGAAUAUCAGACGCUUAGAAUGAAUGACUUUAACUGCACCACGAGUUCCGUCUCUUCAGCCCUGGCCAACACCAAAGACAGUCCUGUCCUCUUUGAUUUCAUCGAGGACACGGAGCCCUUCAGAAAAUCCGCCGACAAAGCACUGGAGGAGUACAGAAGUGAAAACGAGGCGUAUGCCUCUUUCAGAGUGGACCGGGUAGAGAGAGUCACAAGGGUGAGAGGAGGAGAGAGAACCAAUUACUAUGUGGACUUCUCCGUGAGGAACUGCUCCAGGUCUCACUUCCACAGACACCCCGACUUUGGGUUCUGCAGAGCAGAUCUGUCCUUUGAUGUAGGAGCCUCGGACUUGGAAAACCCAGAAGACGUUAUUAUAAGCUGUGAAGUCUUUAACUUUGAGGAACAUGGAAACAUCAGUGGUUUUCGACCCCAUUUGGGCAAGACUCCACUUGGGGCUGACGGAUCCAGAGAUCAUCAUCAUCCCCACAAGCCACAUAAGUUUGGAUGCCCGCCUCCCCAAGAAGGGGAAGAUUUCUCAGACAGACCACCAUCUCAAGGUGGAACGCCCCCACUCUCUCCCCCUUCAGGGCCCAGAUGUCGUCUUCGCCCUUUUGGCACCAAUGAAACCCAUCGGUUCCCUCAUCAUCGUAAUUUCAGUGAACAUCAUCACCAUGGACCCCCUCCCCAUGGACAUCCUCCCCAUGGGCAUCACCCCCAUGGGCCCCCUCCCCAUGGGCAUCACCCCCAUGGGCCCCCACCCCAUGGGCAUCACCCCCAUGGGCCCCCUCCCCAUGGGCAUCACCCCCAUGGGCCCCCACCCCAUGGGCAUCACCCCCAUGGGCCCCCUCCCCAUGGGCAUCACCCCCAUGGACCCCCACCCCAUGGGCAUCACCCCCAUGGGCCCCCUCCCCAUGGGCAUCCUCCCCAUGGACCACCUCCCCAUGGACAUCACCCCCAUGGCCAUGGUUUCCAUGACCAUGGACCCUGUGACCCACCAUCCCAUAGAGAAGGUCCCCAAGACCUCCUUCAGCAUGGCCAUGGCCCACCACCUAAGCACCCAGGAAAAAGAGGUCCAGGUAAAGGACACUUUCCCUUCCACUGGAGAAGAAUUGGGUCUGUUUACCAACUGCCUCCACUGCAGAAAGGUGAAGUCCUUCCCCUUCCCGAAGCCAAUUUCCCCAGCUUCUCCUUGCUGAACCACACCCACCCUCUAAAGCCCGAGAUCCAGCCCUUCCCUCAGAUAGCCUCUGAACGAUGUCCAGGGGAGUUCAAUGGUGAGUUUGCACAACUCUCCAAGUUUUUCCCAUCUACAUUUCCAAAAUGAAAUCUGAUUUCCUUGAUGGGGAACAAUGAAUGAUAUUCUGUAUUAGAACCAUAAAUAAAAUGUGGCCGUGAUGAAUGCAAA